AUGGAAGCAAAAUUGGUGUAUACUAAACAAAAUCCAAGGGAAACUGCAAAUCCGAUCAGUCGUUUAUUUUUUGGGUGGACCAGGGAGAUAUUUUGCAAAGGCGCUAAGAGAGAUCUUUUAUUAUCAGAUCUCUAUCGUCCUUUAGAGGUCGAUAAAUCAAAAAGACUCACGGAUCGAUUGGAAGAAUCUUGGAACCAAGAACUUCUCAAAUGGGAUCAAAAACAGAAAGAAAUACAAUAUGAGAAAUUAGAUGAAAAUAAAAGCACUCCUUGUUUUGAAAAGGCGGUGAUUCGUACUUUCUGGAAGGAAUAUCUUGGCAUUGGCCUCCUGUGGAGCAUUCAAUACACGGUCCUUCUUGUCAUAAUACCAAUAAUUACAUCAUCGAUUAUCAGCUACUUUAAGAUUGAAGAGGACACCAAUUCUGUUACUAAAACGGAUGCUCUCCUCCACGCUGGCUAUCUAAUUAUUUCCAUAACGAUAUCCGUAUUCAUAAUGCAUCAUGCCGGUCUGCUAUCUCAGCAAAUGGGCAUGAAAAUACGCGUUGCUUCUUGCUCGUUAAUUUAUAGAAAAAUAUUGCGACUCAGUAAUGCAGCCUUGACUCAAAUCACCUCUGGGCAGGUGGUGAAUCUUUUGAGCAACGACGUAAGCCGCUUUGACGAGCUGUGUUACUACCUGAAUUUUAUCUGGAUCACUCCCAUUCAAGUAAUUUUUGUAACCACUAUAAUAUGGUAUAAAGUGGGAAUUUCAUCCAUGGUUGGUAUUGGGACCCUUUUGUUGAUGACAAUUCCUGUUCACUCUGUCUUCAUCAGACUGAAUCACAAACUGAGGAAGGUUAUUGCUACAUUGACUGACAAGAGGGUGCAGUUCAUGAAUGAGCUUAUACGUGGUAUUCAGGUUAUCAAAAUGUAUACCUGGGAGAAACCAUUUGAAAAAAUUGUAGCAACCAUACGUAGUACAGAAAUCAAGAACAUAAGUCUCUCCUCGUAUAUUCGUGCAACAUAUUUGGCCAUGGUGGUGUUUACAACUCGUACAGUGCUUUUCCUGACUCUUUUGUCCUUUGUUUUUAUGGGGAAUUGGCCUAGAGCAGAAGUGACAUUCAUGUUGUCCACCUACUUUGAAAUCUUACAACUCACUACUACACUGAUGUUUCCUCAAAGUCUCAUGUUACUUGGAGAGACUCUAGUAUCCAUCAAAAGACUGGAGCAAUUUUUAUUAUUGGAAGAGCAGUCCAACAAGACAAACGAACUAGUCAAAAUGCAUUAUAAUGGUGUCUUAAAAUUCAAGAAAAAAACAGUAAACAAGGAGAAUGUGGAGUCUAUCAGAAUGACCAAUGGGAGCCACAAUUUGAAUCCCAAUCAUGUACAAGAAUAUAUACCAGCUUCCAUAGUCUUGGAACAAGUAUCAGCAAACUGGGAGCCCAGACAAUUACCACCGACUUUGUGCAAUGUUUCCAUGAAAAUUCAGGGUGGAGAAUUAUGUGCUCUGGUGGGUUCAGUGGGUUCAGGAAAAUCUUCCAUCUUACAAUUAAUUUUGAAGGAACUUCCUUUGGGAGCUGGAAGACUAAAGCUGCAUUGUAAGCCGUUUAAGGAUAAUGUGUAUAACAAGCAGAAGUACAUGAUAGAUACUCCUAAUUUGAGGAUCUCCUAUGCUAGCCAGGAAGCUUGGUUAUUUUCUGGGACUGUGAGGGACAAUAUCCUGUUUGGACAGCCUUAUGACAAGGACAGAUACAUUGCUGUAACAAAAGCUUGUGCUUUGACAAAAGAUUUUCAACAAUUUCCUUAUGGCGAUAUGAGUAACGUGGGAGAAGGCGGGUCCUUUUUAUCCGGAGGACAAAAGGCGCGUGUAAACUUAGCACGGGCCGUAUACAGACAAGCAGAUAUUUACCUGUUAGAUGAUCCUUUGAGUGCAGUGGAUUCACGCGUGGCCAAGCACCUUUUCUACAGGUGCAUCAAGAAAUACCUCCAUGGGAAGACCAGAAUUUUGGUCACUCAUCAGUUACAAUUUGUCAAACAAGCUGACACUAUAGCAGUAUUGGAUAAAGGUUUCAUGAGAAUGCAAGGAACAUAUGAGGAACUGUCCAAGUCCAGCAAAGAUUUUGUAGAGAUGAUGAACCGAAUAAAAAUGUUCGCAGAGGCCAGAAAGCAAAAUGAAAGUACAGAAAUAUCUGAAAAUAUUUCUCUAGAAAAAAGACCUAGUAAGAGGAGUGGUCUUAGUAGAGUUUCCAUAACCUCCAACAGCAGUAGCGUGAUUUCCUAUAACUAUAUGGAUCAAGAACUAGCACCAGAUAACGAUGAAGUAAUAGCAACUGGCCGUCUGUCCAGCAAAGUGUACAAAAGCUAUUUUUGUUAUGGUGGCUCUUACUGUACGCUAUUUGCUUUAUUGUUCAUGUUCCUUAUGUCUCAGAUAGCGACUACUGGAAACGACUAUUGGAUAUCUUAUUGGACAAACUUAGAAAAUGUCAGGAGAUCUAUGAAUAAUAAUAAUACCCAUUUACUUAAUCAUAAAUAUUCGUUCUAUUUCUUGAAUGGUACUAUUCUAUCCAAUGUCUUCAGUUUGGACAACCAUGGUCUUCUGACUACAUCCAAUGCUUUAUGCGUGUAUGCGAUUUGCAUUGUUUGCUGUAUCUUGACUGUACUUGUAAGAAAUAUGUUCUUUAUGAAGGUCUGCAUGAAUGCUAAUAGAAAUCUUCAUAAUUCUAUGUAUUCCAAUGUGCUGCAAGCUGUGAUAUCGUUCUUCUAUCAUAAUACUUCUGGUAGAAUUUUAAAUAGAUUUUCCAAAGAUGUUGGAUCUAUGGAUGAAAUACUGCCUAAGGUGAUGUUGGAGACUUCUCAGAUAUUUCUCGUGAUAAUAGGUGUCCUUUCUAUGAUAAUCGCGGUAAAUCAUUGGAUGUUUGUUCCACUGUUGGUACUUCUGGUGUUCUUCUUUUUCGCAAGAUUAUCAUACCAAAAGACUGCUCAAAGUGUGAAGCGUCUCGAAGGUAUAGCAAAAAGUCCUGUAUUCUCCCAUAUAACUGCCACACUAAGUGGUCUGGUUACAAUCAGAAGCAGUGGGCCAGAAAUUGUAGAGCUAUUGCAGCAACAAUUUGAUGAUCUUCAAGAUGUGCAUACAGGGGCAUGGUAUAUGACCAUAGUUGCCCCUGCAGUCUUUGGUCUUUAUUUAGACAUAGUUGUGAGCAUAUUCAUUGCAUGUGUCUGCUUCUCCUUCAUUCUAAUGGACACAGAUGGUAUUCUGGGAGGUAACGUUGGUCUAGCUAUAUCACAGUCUCUAAUUGUGGUUGGUACUUUGCAACAUGGGGUCAAACAGAGUAGUGAAGUGGUAUCCCAAAUAACCUCAGUAGAAAGGAUCUUACAAUAUACUAAUUUGCCUAAAGAAGGGUCAUGGACCAGUGCUGAUCCCCCACCUGCAGAUUGGCCAAAGUAUGGUCAGCUAACUUUGAAGAAUGUUAACAUGAAGUAUGAGGAAGACAAGCCUCCUGUGUUGAAGAACCUAAAUGUAACGAUAGAAGCAGGAUGGAAAGUAGGCAUCAUUGGCAGAACAGGAGCUGGAAAAUCCUCCCUAAUAUCAGCACUGUUCAGGUUAUUCGUGGAUGGACUAGAAGGAGAGAUCAAGAUAGAUGGACGGGACAGUAGAACGUUAGGCCUACAUGAACUGCGUUCACGAAUAUCCAUUAUUCCUCAACAGCCAUUUUUAUUUUCUCAAUCGUUACGUUACAAUUUAGACCCGUUCAACAUCUACGACGACAUGUUGUUAUGGGAUAGUCUUCGACAGGUCGAGUUGAACGACCUUGUUCUAGACCAAAGAGUGAUGCACAACGGAACUAACUUUAGUAUAGGGCAAAGACAGUUAAUAUGCUUGGCCAGAGCAAUUUUGAGAAAUAAUAAAAUUCUUGUCUUGGACGAAGCAACGGCUAAUAUUGACUCCUACACUGAUGAAUUAAUUCAGAAAACUAUAAGAACCAGAUUUACAUAUUGUACAGUCAUUACAAUUGCUCAUCGUUUGCAUACUAUUAUUGACAGUGAUAGGAUUAUAGCGAUGGAUACGGGUAACAUAGUGGAAUUUGGUUGCCCUUAUGAAUUGCUACGCGACAAUCCCAAAGGAAUUUUCUCACAAAUGGUGAGUAACACAGGCGUGUCUAUGGCGCAAACUCUUCGAGAGCAGGCGGAGAUGGCUUAUUUGAAUAAAAACAAACAACGGAGUCUAAAUUUUAGUCCAGAAAGCUCAACGAAAGAGGACAUGACAAACAAUGUGGAGCAGAGCUCUCUUUAA